CCCACAAACUAAUUGGCCGCGCACGCGCCUCCCCUGAUCAGCCAGGAAGGAAUCCAACUCCCACCACACGCCCCCACGACGCGCGCGCCAGCAGCAAUGGCCGCCCUCGCCGCCUCCAUCGCCACGUCCACCGCCUUCGCCUCCAAGCCGCGCCUCUCCUCCCCCACCCCGCGCGCGCGGCUCUCCGUCUCCUGCUCCGCCACCGGCGACAACAACAACAACAACCCCUCUCUGGCCACCGCCGCCAAGACCUUCUCCGCGGCACUCGCCCUAUCCUCCGUGCUCCUCUCCUCGGCGGCCACCUUCUCCCCACCCCCGGCCGCCGCCGACAUCGCCGGCCUGACCCCGUGCAAGGACUCCAAGGCCUUCGCCAAGCGCGAGAAGCAGUCGGUCAAGAAGCUCACCUCCUCCCUCAAGAAGUACGCCCCCGACUCGGCCCCGGCGCUCGCCAUCCAGGCCACCAUCGAGAAGACGCAGCGCCGGUUCGAGAACUACGGGAAGUUCGGCCUGCUCUGCGGCUCCGACGGGCUGCCCCACCUCAUCGUCAGCGGCGACCAGCGGCACUGGGGCGAAUUCGUCACCCCCGGCGUGCUCUUCCUCUACAUCGCCGGCUGGAUCGGCUGGGUCGGCAGGAGCUACCUCAUCGCCGUCAGCGGCGAGAAGAAGCCCGCCAUGAGGGAGAUCAUCAUCGACGUCGAGCUCGCCGCCAGGAUCAUCCCCAGGGGGUUCAUCUGGCCCGUCGCCGCCUACCGCGAGCUCAUCAAUGGUGACCUCGUCGUCGACGACGCCGACAUCGGAUACUAAUUGGCGGGCCGUGCGUGCACGCAUGGUUGGCUAGUCGGUCGGUCCCCGGUCAGCUGGGCAAUGGGGGGAUGUGAAGGCUUGUGGUGCCUGUGUGGGCUUGGUGUAGGAGCUGAUCGAUAGGAUAAAGGAGGAAUGGAAGCUCUCUUGUAUCUAAGAAACUGAAAUCUUGUAUAACUGUACCUCUCUUGUGUGUAUUUUGCCAAGUUCAAAUUGUUGAGAACGAUUUCAUGUUGCAGAGCA